UUGCACUCCCGUGCCGCGGGCAGCGGCAGCUUGGUGGCCGCUUGCGCCGCGCUUCCGCAGAGAAGAAAUUAUGUGGUCAAGAGUUCAGAGUCUGCAAAAUCUGCAGGUGCAACAGGGCGUAUUGUUGCAAUUAUUGGUGCUGUUGUUGAUGUCCAGUUUGAUGAAGGCCUUCCUCCAAUUCUCAAUGCCCUGGAGGUAACAGAUCGUGAAACUAGAUUGGUGUUGGAAGUUGCUCAGCAUCUUGGUGAAAGUACUGUUCGAACAAUUGCCAUGGAUGGUACAGAAGGCUUAACCCGUGGGCAGAGAGUUCUGGACACGGGGGCUCCUAUAAAAAUUCCAGUUGGGCCAGAAACACUGGGAAGGAUCAUGAAUGUGAUUGGUGAACCAAUUGAUGAAAGAGGGCCUAUUGCAACCAAACAAUUUGCAUCUAUUCAUGCUGAAGCUCCUGAAUUCCAAGAUAUGAGCGUUGAACAAGAAAUUCUUGUGACUGGUAUUAAGGUUGUAGAUUUAUUGGCUCCAUAUGCCAAAGGAGGUAAAAUUGGGCUCUUUGGUGGUGCUGGUGUAGGAAAAACUGUACUAAUUAUGGAACUUAUUAACAAUGUUGCUAAAGCCCAUGGGGGCUAUUCGGUCUUUGCUGGUGUAGGGGAGCGUACACGAGAGGGUAAUGACUUGUAUAAUGAAAUGAUUGAAUCUGGUGUCAUCAACCUGAAGGAUGCCACUUCCAAGGUUUCACUUGUGUAUGGUCAAAUGAAUGAGCCUCCAGGUGCCCGUGCCAGAGUAGCUUUGACUGGUUUGACAGUCGCUGAAUAUUUCCGUGAUCAAGAAGGACAGGAUGUGCUUCUCUUCAUAGACAAUAUCUUCAGGUUUACCCAGGCUGGUUCAGAGGUGUCUGCAUUGCUGGGUCGUAUCCCCUCUGCUGUAGGGUACCAGCCAACAUUGGCUACUGACAUGGGAACAAUGCAGGAAAGAAUAACUACCACUAAAAAGGGAUCAAUUACUUCAGUACAGGCUAUCUAUGUACCAGCUGAUGACUUGACUGACCCUGCUCCAGCUACUACUUUUGCACAUUUAGAUGCUACCACAGUAUUAUCCCGUGCCAUUGCUGAGCUAGGUAUCUAUCCAGCUGUGGACCCUCUGGAUUCUACUUCACGUAUCAUGGACCCUAACAUUGUUGGCAAAGAGCAUUAUGAUGUGGCUCGUGGUGUACAGAAGAUUCUUCAGGAUUACAAAUCCCUUCAAGAUAUUAUUGCUAUUUUGGGAAUGGAUGAAUUGUCAGAGGAAGACAAACUAACUGUAGCCCGUGCUAGAAAAAUCCAAAGGUUUUUGUCUCAGCCAUUCCAGGUUGCUGAAGUCUUUACUGGCCAUGCUGGAAAAUUGGUGCCUUUGAAGGAAACUAUCAAGGGAUUCAAGAGCAUUUUAUGUGGUGAAUACGACAAUCUUCCAGAACAGGCUUUCUACAUGGUUGGUCCUAUUGAAGAAGUUGUUGCUAAAGCUCAGAAGCUGUCUGAAGAACAUAGCUAAACUGAACUAUUUGUAUGUGUUUUAAAUUUUGGAUACAUGUAUACUUUGUAUGUGUAAAACAGUUAUUCCAAACUCAGGGAAUACUAUUUUUUCACCUCUGCUGAAGAGAAGUAAAGGCAUUUUUCACUUGUGAACAUGCAGUAUUAUGUAAGUGUUCUCCAAAUGCCUGUACAAAAGCCAGACCUCUUGUUAGUAAACGCUGUGAUAUACAGUUUCUCUGAUUACUGGCUAUUUUUGUUUAGAUUAAGACUAAAGAAUCUUUUGCUCUGGAAAUAGUAUCUUAAGGCUAUCCUGAACAUCAAAGUUAACUGCAUUGAAAGUGACAUUUGAAAGGUGAUAUCUGAUUACUCUUGAGUUCUGGAUACCAAAAAUGGUGGUGGCUAACCUCAUACUACAUUUGCCCUGAAUUUUUAUACCAGACACUUUUUUGAGUUUUACUUUGUGGCUUUUUUUUUUGUAAUCUCAUUGAGAAAUUAAAGAAACACAAUUUUACUGUAAUUAGUUGUAUUGCAAAUUGAAAACGUAGCUUGUUUGUUCUUAAAUUGGCCUGAUUAAUAGUUUAAUGAGCAAAAAUUCUGGUCUUAAAACUGGAAGAAAAGUUAACUUCCAGUGGACACUAACUUUUGACCAGAAGAUCAGUGCUCCUGUCCAAACAAAAUUUAAAAUAUCUUUCUGGAAGUUGAACAAAAUAUUAAACAAGUGUAUUCAAAA